AUGUCUGCUUUGCAAAAACAAACCCAGUCAUUACAGGAACUGAACCCGGAGAAGGAAAGCUGGAAUAUUGUUGCAAGAGUGGUAAGGUUAUGGUUUGUAGAAGAUUACACAAAAGGAAAAUCUCCAUUUUCCAUGGAGAUUGUUCUUCAAGACAAAGAGGGUGUCCUAAUCCAUGCGUCUGUUAGACGCACACUGAUAUACAAAUUCCAAUCUAAAAUCAAAGAGGAUAAGGUUUACUACAUUCAGUCUUUUAGUGUUUCAUGUAAUGGUGGUUCUUAUAGAACUACAAAUCAUGCCUAUAAGAUCAACUUCCAAUUUGGAACCAAGGUCAAUUUGGUAGAAUCUACCUUAGUUCCCAAUAUUAGUACUGCAUACACCCCUUUUUCAACCAUCCAAGCACCUGGUUUUGACACAGAUUACUUAGUUAAUGUCAUUGGAAUGUUGACUGGUGUUGGAACACAGAGAGAGUUAGAGAAAGGUGGUAAGAAGACCAAGAUGAAUGUCAUCCUUAUUCAAUCUGAUGGUUAUCGACUGGAGUGUACUUUAUUUGGUCAAUAUGUUGAUAUGUUAAAUGCAUUUCUUGCGUCUGAAGAGGAUCAAUAUGUUGUCAUUGCUUUACAUUAUUGCAAAGUGAAGAUCUUCCAAGAUAAAGUUUCUAUUCAAAACUGUAUGAACUGUACGAGGAUAAUUUUUAACUGUGAUGGUGAAGAUGCUACCAAGUUGAAGAAAAUGAUGUGGGAUAGUACUGAAUCUCCUUCUCAACCUCUUACCCAACUUGGUCAGUCUUCAAAAGUUAGCUUAGAAGAAGAUUUCAUUAAGCUGCAUCCUAGAUGCUCAAUUGAAGGUCUUAAAGAUUUUGAACAGGAAAGUACUUUUGUAGUGAAGGCUACUAUCAAACAUGUUCUAGAUCAUGAUGAUUGGUGGUACACAGCAUGUAUCUGCAACAAAGCUGUUUAUCCUGACUCCAAAAUGUUUUUUUGUGAGAAAUGUAACAAACAUGUCAUUAAGGUUACACCUAGGUUUAAACUUAGACUUCGUGUAAUUGAUGCUACUGAUUCUACAACUUUUGUUGUAUUUGAUCGUGAUGCAAGUGCAAUGUUGAAGAAAUCAUGCUCUGAUAUUCUUGACUUACAAGACAAGAACACUGCUGCUGGUAACUUGCCUAAAGAGUUUGAAGUCCUCAUUGAUAAGACCUAUCUGUUCAAAGUUGAGUGCAAGAAUGAUUAUAAUAGCAAAUUUGAGCAAUCAUUUAGAGUUAAAAAAGUCUGCAUGGAUGAAAAAAUCAUUGAAAGCUUUACUGAUGUUGAACUUAAGUCUUUGGAUGUAUACUCUGCAAAUGAAGAAGAAAGUAAACUUAAGCAGAUUACAAAUGAGAUUGCACCUGAUACCAUUGCAGAGGAUUUGCUGCUCAAAUUCACUGAAGAAUCAAAUGAUGUUGAGCCUGUAAGUGAUCAUUUGAACACUAUAGAAUCAAGCCCUGUUUCUACAGUGGAAGCUUUUGUCAAUCAACCUUUAAUUGAUGUUGAAAAUGAUGACUUAACCCAUAAAGAAUCAUCUCAUUUGGAUAAUCUUAGCUUUGAUUUGGCUACCAAAGCACGUGUCCCGGCAAUUAAAAGGCAGAAUCGAUCUGCGGCUCAAGAAAACAAGAAGAUCCCAGUGAAGAUGUUGAAGAAGAACAUCAAGAUUGAAAAGUGA